AUGGCGGUCGUGCCACCGAGCGAGAAGAGAGUGUAUGAACUCAUCAGUACAGUUGGAACGAACAUAGAAAGGCUGCGACAAGGUAUCAAUGCGCUCCGGCAGCUGCACGACCGUUGGACGGGCUGCAAUGAAACAGCCAUCAACCUAAUAGCACAGUUGACGACUCUGAGGUCGAAUCUGAACAAUGUGCACGAUUGGCUCAACUAUGGGAUCAAUGAUCUGCACCCUCAGCUCCUUUCCGACUUGGACGUCUUGAUGGCUUCUUGCGCAUUACUUGUGCGACAUGUAGACCAUAUAAUUGCGAGUCUUCGACAGCCAGAUCCUGAUGCAGUGGAUUGCGCAAUUAAGCUCAAGUAUGCUGUUGGAGGUCGGUCAAUGGAGCGGCUCCGAGAUGUUGCUGAGCGACAGUCGGAUGCCGUUCGUUUACUGUUGGCUGCAUGUAGAUGUCACACCGCUGCGCAGCGUAAGAUCUUGCUUCACAAAUCUCGCCAGAUCAGGAAAGAGGAUGACCUGUCUCUGAAAGUAUUAGCGCGAUCAUCAAAGUGGAACGGUGGGUGCAUGACAGUGCUUACCAGCGUUUCCAGAGGGAUACAAGGAAUACGAAUGUCUUACUACAGAAAGUUCAAGCGAAAAGAUCUUUACGAUGAACCAACCGAGAACGACUAUGAUAAUGCCGCUGCUGCCAUCCGGUCAGAGGCAAUUGAUCGCGCGCUCCAGGAAGACAGCAUGGUGCUUCGACGAGAGACCAAACUCAUGUUGAUGGGGCAGGACAAUAGUGGAAAGGACCUUGUCAUGCGCCAGAUCAAAGUCUUGUAUGCCGAGGGAUACUACUCACCAGAAGACCGCAUGAAGUUCCGAGAUGCUGUACGCUCGACUUUACGACUGCUUAUCCAUUCGAUUAUCGACCUACUAAAAGACACCGGUAUCAAUUUACCUACGACCCUCAGUCAACAGUUCGCCGUCUUGCUGGACGAGGUGGAUCUGGUUGACAUGCAUUGCAUCACCAUUGAUGCCGCAGUAGCUGUACGAAGCCUGUGGACUAGCGCCGAGUUCUCAUCUAUGUAUCUCAAAAACUUCGAGAUUGACUUCCCACAAUACUCACCCUAUUUCGCCCAGGAGGUCCAAAGAAUCGCCGCCGAAGAUUAUGUGCCCACUGAAGCGGACAUCGUUCGCUUGAACCAGUCGAUUGGAGGCAUCAAAGAACUACGCUUCAACUGGGACGAACUCGAUGUCCACCUUUUCAACAUCAAUGGCUUCAUCCCAGACCAGUUCCGCAAGCGCUGGUUUCACCAAUUCGAUAGCGUUACAUCACUCGUUUACACCGUUGAUGUGUCGCUCUACGACCGCCCCUUCUACGGCCAAACAACAAAAUCGCAGCUCCUCGACGACUUUGCCAGCUUCGAGUCCUGGGCUACAUCGCCGAAAUUUGCGAACUCCGCAGUCAUCCUUCUGCUCAACAAUUUCACGCGUUUCCGCGAUAAACUGCGCUACUCGCCGCUCGAGACUGUGUUUCCAGACUACAUACCCAAUGCCUCAGACCCUGAUAGCUCCGCGCGGCAAUAUAUUUUGAAGCAAUUCAAAGAUGUCAACCGCAAUCGACUUUCCAUCUACUCGUUCUGGGUUGAUCUCGACAUGAGUGAUAACCAGCACCUAUACGCAGCGGUCAAGAAGACACUGCAGCACAUUCAGCAGCGGAAGGCGAGGAGCGAAGUAUGGCAAGAGAGCGAGACGACUAUGACCUCUAGGACAGGUCUCACUGAAAAACUUUCGAACAGUCGACUGAACUUGCUAUCGAAGAGUGGGUCGAACAUGGAACGCUCGUCGCCGAAGAAGUCGGUGGAAAGCAAGUUCACAUGA